CGCUGCGCGGAGGAUUGUGGGACAGCGGUGGGUGGUUGGCUUCCGCCCGGUCCGCCGCGUCGGGCUUUCGGGGAGAUUGGUGUCCAGCCUUCCGUGUCCGUGCUCGUUUCUGAGUCUCUGGCAAGUCACCCGCAGGCUGCCGCCAGGAUGUCGGGCGUGCGAGCUGUGCGCAUCAGCAUCGAGUCGGCCUGCGAGAAGCAGGUGCAGGAGGUGGGCCUUGAUGGCACCGAGACGUACCUGCAGCCGCUGUCUAUGUCGCAGAACCUGGCGCGUCUGGCGCAGCGCAUCGACUUCAGCCAGGGCUCCGGCUCCGAGGAGGAGGAGGCGGCGGGGCCUGACGGCGACGCGCCGGACUGGGCGGGCGCGGGGGCCGACCAGGACGACGAAGAGGGGUUGGUAAAAUUCCAACCUUCUCUGUGGCCUUGGGACUCUGUGAGGAACAAUUUGCGAAGUGCCCUUACAGAGAUGUGUGUUCUCUAUGAUGUCCUCAGUAUUGUCAGGGACAAAAAGUUCAUGACUCUGGACCCCGUCUCUCAGGAUGCGCUUCCUCCCAAACAGAGCCCGCAGACGCUGCAGCUGAUCUCUAAGAAGAAGUCCCUUGCUGGAGCAGCUCAGAUCCUACUGAAGGGGGCGGAAAGACUGACCAAGUCGGUGACUGAGAACCAGGAAAACAAGCUUCAGCGAGACUUCAAUUCUGAGCUCUUGAGACUACGGCAACACUGGAAACUGAGGAAGGUGGGAGACAAGAUCCUGGGUGACCUAAGCUACAGAAGUGCAGGCUCUCUUUUUCCCCACCAUGGUACCUUUGAAGUGAUAAAGAAUACAGACAUUGACUUGGAUAAAAAGAUACCAGAAGAUUACUGUCCUCUAGAUGUCCAGAUUCCUAGUGACUUAGAGGGGUCUGCAUAUAUCAAGGUUUCUAUUCAGAAACAGGCUCCAGACAUUGGUGAUCUUGGUACAGUUAACCUUUUUAAGAGACCUUUGCCCAAAUCCAAGCCAGGUUCCCCACACUGGCAGACAAAAUUAGAAGCAGCACAAAAUGUUCUUCUUUGUAAGGAAAUUUUUGCACAGCUCUCUCGGGAAGCCGUUCAGAUUAAGUCUCAGAUCCCUCACAUUGUGGUGAAAAACCAGAUCAUCUCUCAGCCCUUUCCAAGCUUGCAGUUGUCUAUUUCUCUGUGCCACUCCUCAGAUGAUAAGAAGUCCCAGAAAUGUGCCCCAGAGAAGCCUGGUCAGGAGGGUCACCUCUACGUCCUGGAGCACAACUUGCACCUGCUGAUCAGAGAGUUUCAUAAACAGACCUUGAGCUCCAUCGUGAUGCCACACCCAGCGAGUGCUCCUUUUGGGCACAAGAGAAUGAGACUCUCAGGUCCUCAAGCUUUUGAUAAGAAUGAAAUUAAUUCAAUACAGUCCACAGAAGGACUCCUAGAAAAAAUAAUUAAACAAGCAAAGCAUAUUUUUCUAAGGAGCAGAACUGCUGCGACCAUUGACAGCUUGGCAAGUCGCAUUGAGGACCCCCAGAUCCAGGCCCACUGGUCGAACAUCAACGAUGUGUAUGAGUCUAGUGUAAAAGUUUUAAUCACAUCGCAGGGUUAUGAACAGAUCUGCAAGUCCAUCCAGCUGCAGCUGAACAUUGGCGUUGAGCAGGUCCGUGUCGUGCACAGAGAUGGGCGGGUGAUCACGCUGUCUCAUCAGGAACAGGAACUACAGGACUUCCUUCUGUCUCAGAUGUCCCAGCACCAGGUGCAUGCGGUUCAGCAGCUUGCCAAGGUCAUGGGCUGGCAGGUCCUCAGCUUCAGCAAUCACGUGGGACUCGGGCCCAUAGAGAGCAUUGGCAAUGCCUCCGCCAUCACAGUGGCCUCGCCAAGUGGUGACUAUGCUAUUUCAGUUCGUAACGGACCCGAGAGUGGCAGCAAGAUCAUGGUUCAGUUUCCCCGUAACCAGUGCAAAGACCUUCCGAAAAGUGAUGUUUUACAAGAUAGCAAGUGGAGCCAUCUCCGAGGACCAUUCAAGGAGGUUCAGUGGAACAAGAUGGAGGGCCGAAACUUCGUUUAUAAAAUGGAGCUGCUUAUGUCUGCCCUGAGUCCCUGUCUCCUGUGAUUUCCUCCAGAACAAGUUCCAGAAAUUCUGACCUGCGUGUUUGCAGAUCAGUUAUAAGCACAAGGGAGCGAUGUCUUCCAUAUAAGGACUGAGCACAGACUCGUGCACUGGCGCUCCAGUCUUUCGCGGGAGUCCUGUUUAAAGGUUACAUGUUUACCCUGCGUUUGAAUUCUCUCACGUUAUAAGUGACGAGUACUUUGGAAUGGAAAAAAUGUAUGUACAGUUUUAGUAUGCAGUAUGGGGAGAUGUAAAAUAGUACAUUUUUAUACAGCUCACCUGAAAAUAUUACUAACUUAAGGGCUUGAAUUUGCUUUUUUUUAAAUUACAUCUUUAAUGUUAACAUAAACUUUGUGUUUAAAAAUCUCCAA